AUGCAGCAUGGCGCCCUCUGCUGGUCUCUUGUUGUGCUGCUUGGAAGUGCCGCUGCCGGCGCAGAGUCGCGGUGUGAGCGCAUCACGCUGCCGCUUUGCAAAACUGUUGGUUAUAAUUUCACCCGGAUGCCCAACCAGCUGAAGCACAGCACCCAGGAGGAGGCGGGGCUCGAGGCGCACCAGUUCUGGCCCCUGGUGUCGAUCCGCUGCUCCGCCGACCUGCGCUUCUUCCUGUGCAGCCUCUACACUCCCAUCUGUCUGGAGGACUACGACGACCCGCUACCGCCGUGUCGCAGUGUGUGCGAGAGAGCACGUGCGGGCUGCGCGCCGCUCAUGCGUCAGUAUGGUUUCCCGUGGCCCGAGCGCAUGCGCUGCGAGCUGCUGCCGGAUCAGAGCGAGCGCCACACUCUGUGUCUGGACCAUAAUCACAGCACCACCGCGCCGCCGCCUCUCAAACCCACGGGCCGCGCACUCAGGCCGCACACCGCCAAGAAGAAGAAGAAACACAGAUCUGAGGCGUGUGAGUCCGGCUGCUUCUGCCGUACGCCGCUGGUGCGCUCACCGCAGCAACACGUUCACACAGGACACGCCCCUGACUGCGCUCUGCCGUGCCACAGCCCAUACCUCAGCCUGCAGCAGCGCGCCUUCACUGUGCUGUGGCUUGGCCUGUGGUCGCUGCUGUGCUGUGUGUGUACGCUGGUCACCGUGGUUACGUUUCUGAUGCGCAGAGAGCGGGUCCCGUACCCGGAGCGGCCCAUUGUCUUUAUGGCGGCGUGUCAUCUCUGCGUGUCGCUGGGAUUCCUGCUGCGGCUGGCGGCGGGACACGAGCACGUGGCAUGCGAUGGUGACAUCAUCAGGUACGGCUCCACAGGCCCCGCCCUCUGCACGCUGGUCUUUCUGCUCACUUACUUCUUCAGCAUGGCCAGCGCCCUCUGGUGGGUGAUCCUGUCUCUCACCUGGUUCCUGGCAGCGGCUCUGAAGUGGAGCAGCGAGGCGAUGGCGGCGCGUGCCGAGUACUUCCACUUGGUGGCCUGGCUCGUGCCGAGUGUGAAGUGCAUCGCGGUUCUGGCACUCAGUGCGGUGGACGGUGAUUCUGUGGCCGGUGUUUGUUCUGUGGGGAAUCAGAAUGUGUAUCAUCUGCGCGGCUUCGUGCUGGCGCCGCUGGUGCUAUACCUGCUGGUGGGCGGCAUGUUGGUGCUCGCUGGCUUUGUGUCGCUCUUUAGGAUUCGCACCGUGAUGAAGCGCGGCGGCGCAGAGACGCAGGCGCUGGAGCGGCUCAUUCUCCGCAUUGGUGUAUUCACGGCACUGUACGCGCUCCCGGCCGCGGUCACGGUGGCGUGUCACAUGUAUGAACAUCAGCACAGAAGGGCAUGGGAGGAGGCGCUCACCUGCUCGUGCGCUCAGGGCGGUGCGCAGCUGCGGUACGCGGCCUUCAUGUUGAAGUACCUGAUGUCUUUGUCGGCCGGCAUCAGCACUGGAGCCUGGCUCUGGUCCCUGAAGACUGUGGAUAUGUGGAGCAGCGUCUGCACGCAGAGCUGCUGGAAGGGAAAGGACCGGGCUCAGCUUGAGCAGCUGUUGUCUCAGCCAUGUCGUCCUGUCAGCGCCGCUCUGACCUCUGACCUCCGACUGUGA